CAUCAUAAAGACUUUUUUUUAAUCAACUUUCUUUACCUCUUUAGAUUCGUUGUUGUUUUUAAGCUCAACGUGGUACAAAGGAGCUCGUGAAUCAUUCGAUUCACUGACUCGGUUCUUUGACUCGAAUCUUGGAGUCGGAUCUUUCGGGUGAACUGGAGAGCCGUUUGUAACAACGAACAGUUUUUUUUUUAGCACAAACAACUUGGAACGAACUGGAUGAUGAUGAUGAUGAUGAUGAUGAUGAUGAACACUACAGCUCCUAAACGACACUUGAUAACAAUUUUGAUCAGUUCCAGCGCAUCAACUUAAGUGGAGCCCCGCGGGCGCACCCACGUUCCUCGGUCCUGGAGCCGCGCGCGUCCCCUGAACGCCACCUCUCUCUCUCUCUCUCUCUCUCUCUCUCUCUCUCUCUCUCUCUCUCUCUCUCUCUCCACCCGCCCUCGUGCGCCUGCCUCUGUUGAGCACUGCUUCAAGCACUCGCGAACGCGCAUCUCUCCUCUUCUUUCCUCUUCUCUCCUCCGCUGUGCGUGAGCAUCGUUCGUCUUUCUGGUCGGAGCGCGCGAUCAGAGGAAGAGUGUCGGAGCGCGUAAGGGCGCAUCGGGGCCGCGGGACACUGUGCGCCUCGCAAAACAACCCUGAUUUGUACUGGAAGAAGAGAGAGGGAGAGAGUGAGAGCGCACACGCAGACGUGAUACGGGACGAGUUGUUGAGCGGAAACUCAACUCUGCGCUCCGUUUCUGCCUGCGCUUCACCUCCAGAAGGAGAGAUGUUCUUUCCUCUCGCACACAUUCUCCUGCUUGUCCUCCUGCUUACAGGAUUCGGGUCCUGCGCUGUUUUCAUCCAGCAGCCUCACGACAUGGUUGUGGUGGCAGGGCAGCCUGUGACGCUACCGUGUGCCAUCACCGGAUAUCACGGCAUGGUCCUGUGGGUCAAAGACGGCCUGGCUCUGGGGGUGAACCGGGACAUGUCAGGUUAUCCACGCUACGAUGUAGUGGGUGAUCACAGCAAAGGCGAGUACCAUCUUCUAAUCCAGAGGACGGAGCUUGCUGAUGAUGGAAGCUUUGAGUGUCAGGGCAUCCAGGUUGGCAUCAGGUCACGACCUGCUCGCCUCACAGUUCUAGUUCCUCCAGAUGACCCUGUUAUCAUCGGAGCGCCGGUGGUGAGUCUGAGAGCCGGUGACCCGCUCAACCUGACCUGCUACGCCGACAACGCCAAGCCGGCAGCCUCCAUCAUCUGGAUCCGUAACGGAGAGGUGCUCAACGGUGCCAUGUAUUCCAAGAUGCUGUUGCGUGAUGGUCACAGAGAGAGCACCGUCAGCACGCUGUACGUCUCAGCGUCCAACAUCGAGAGCGGCCAGCGCAUCACCUGCCGAGCGUCCAACAAAGCAGCACCUAACGGCAAAGAGGCCACAGUCACCAUCGACAUCCAGCAUCUUCCUCUGGUGAACCUCUCUGUUGAGCCGCAGCCGGUUCUGGAAGGAAAUCCGGUCAAGUUUCAUUGCUCAGCCAAAGCCAACCCACCUGUCACUCAGUACAGAUGGGCUAAAGGUGGCGCAGUGAUCCGGGACGCCGUGGGAGAGACGUACGAGGUGGCCGUGGAUCACUCGUUUUUCAACGAACCGGUUUCCUGUGAGGUCACUAACGCGCUCGGGAGCACCAACAUCAGCCGCAACGUCGACGUCUACUUCGGGCCUCGUCUGGCAUCCGAACCCCAGUCUCUGCAGGUGGAUUUGGGCUCGGACGCCGUCUUUAACUGCGCCUGGAUGGGAAAUCCCUCGCUCACCAUCGUGUGGAUGAAACGCGGCCACGGCGUGGUGCUUAGCAACGAGAACACGCUGACGUUGAGGGCAGUUAAACAGGAGGACGCUGGGAAAUACGUCUGCCGGGCCGUGGUUCCUCGAGUCGGAGUCGGCGAGAAGGUGGUGAUUCUGACCGUCAACGGCCCUCCCACUAUCUCCAGCACCCAGACGCAGCAGGCUCUGUACGGAGAGAAAGGACAGAUCAAGUGCUUCAUCCGCAGCACUCCUCCUCCGGAUCGCAUCGCCUGGUCGUGGAAGGAGACGGUGCUGGAGUCUGGAACGUCGGGGAGAUACACGGUGGAGACGGUGAGCACGGAGGAAGGCGUCAUCUCCACUCUGACCAUGAGCAACAUCGUCCCCGCCGACUUCCAGACCAUUUACAACUGCACGGCCUGGAACAGCUUCGGCUCCGACACCGAGAUCAUCCGGCUCAAGGAGCAAGGGUCCCUGCGCUUGGCCGUCAUCAUUGGGGUCGCAGUGGGAGCUUUCCUGGCGCUCAUCGUGCUCAUGGGGACCCUGGGGGCUUUCUGCUGCGCUCGCCUGCAGAGGAAAGACAUGCACCUGGUAAUGUCCUCACUGCCCGUCUCGCUCUCUGCUCGCCAGAGAGAACUCGCGAGCACAAUUAAGCCUGAAAGUCUCAAAGGGGUCGUCUCGGCAAAAAAUGACAUCCGGGUGGAGAUCGUUCACAAGGAUCAUAACGCGGCGAGGGAGACGGAGGAGCACACGGGCGUGAAGCAGAUGAUGAUGGAGCGUGGGGAGUUCCAGCAGGAGUCUGUGUUGAAGCAGCUGGAGGUUCUACAGGAAGAAGAGGAGGAGUUCCAGCACAUUAAGGACCCGACCAAUGGCUACUACAGCGUGAACACCUUCAAGGAGCACAACGCCACGACGUCGGCCGAAGUCCGCAACCCGUCCGGAUCGGCGACUCUGGGGAAACAGAGAGUUCCCACAGGCAUGUCCUUCACUAACAUCUACUCCACACUGGGAGCGGCGCCCAACCACCGGCUGUACGACUACGGUGGCCGCUUCGUGCUGGCCAUGGGCUCCAGCUCCAUCGAGCUGUGCGAGCGCGAACUCAGCGAUUCCGGAUCCUUCCAGGACGCCCCGUGCGACAGCAGCGCCAGCAGUUACUUCGACAAAGCGAGCAAGGCCUCGGCUUCGUCCUCGACGCACCACUCGCAGUCGUCGUCGCAGAACUCGGACCUGACGCGCCCACUGCAGAAGCGAAUGCUCACCCACGUCUGAGGAUGGACUCGCACGGUCCACUAGAAACCUUUCAGAUGUUCGACACUCUUUUGCUUGGACGCCGUACAACACGUGUAUAUUUUCUAACGAACGGUUUUGGGGGGGGUUUUGUACGUUUUACCGAUCCGCUCGUUUCACUUUAACACACUGAGCAACGUUCUCAUUGUUUCAUGACAAUCAGGAUUCCGUUAAAUGUCUUUUUUUUUCUUCUUCUUCUUCGGGGAUGCGGAACAUUCCAUGACAAUCAGGACGCGUUCGUCAUUUUGUUCGCUGUUUAUUUUCUUCCAGUAGUUUUCUCCUGCAUUUCCUGAAUACACGAGAGUCAGGGAUCGAUUACUGUCGAGGUGAGUGAUUGACAGUGGAGAAAGCGUGUAUGCCCCGCCCACCCGGACACACGGACACGGUCAGGAUUUAAACGGGAAACGAGUAGCAGGAUCGUAGCCACAGUUCUCCCAAGGAUUCGUCCCUGAAAUGAGUUGAUUGUUGUAUAUUCUCUUCUCUCUUUAGGUUCUUCAGCGCGACACUUUCUACAUGAGUUUAAACACUUUUAUGGCAGAUGCAGAUCAUGUGAUGUUUACAUAUCUUAGGCGGGGACAAAGGAAAGGACGGUGUGUGAAAUCUAAUCCUACUCAAUGUGACCUUUCUUAACUGACCUCAAGCGCUUAAUCCAAGUGUGUAUUAUUAUUAUUAUUAUUAUUUUUUUUUUUUAAGAUUACAGUGUGUUGUUUACAUUCGAGCUUGUAAAUCCCGCCUUCCUGUGCGAGUCUACUGUUGUCAGCUUGAUGGAUUGAUGGGAUUCUUUUCUUCUUCUUCCUUCUUCUUCUUCUUUUUUUUUUUUACAUAAAUAUAUCUACACGGGAUAUGACACGGACGUGUGUUUUUAUGGUCGCUGUUUUAAGCGCCGUGCGCUUGGAGCGUCAAGUGCCUCCUUUUGGCAGCCUCUAGGCGAAUAUUUGUAAUUUAAAAAAAUGACAGUGUGUAUGAAAUACGGUUGCAAUCAGACGGAUCAGAUCAUCCUGGGUGAAAAGAAAACGGUCAAUAAAACAAAAACAAUUGUGAACAAAAAAAAUGUUAUAAAACGUUUAAAGCCAUGUGGAUCGUUUUCUGUAAAUAGACAUCCGAAGUGUGUGUACGGAGGUCAAAGGGCGACUCCGCCUACUCUCCUCAUGUCUUAUUGAUGCCCUGCCAUGAACAGUUCAUGGACUUGGUUCUAAUACAUCAUAAAAUGGUUUAAUGCACACGAGUCUCCGAUCGUAUAUGUACUGUGUAUAUACAUAAUGUUCUCAGCACUGAAUAUUCAUGCCUGAAGACGUUAUUUCAUUAACCUGGACAGACUCUCCGCUUUCAAUCAAUCCCUUUUGUUAAGGCUUUUACGUCUCUCUGUUUCCAUAUAUUAAACCUCCAUGAAGGCAUUAGGGAGAUUUCAUAAACCUUCAUAACAUCCUCGCAUGAAUUAGUUAUCACGGCGUGGUUUUAAUCCAUCAUCUUGGCUUUUAAAGGUUGGCUCAAGCGUCCUGGAUCCAUCACCAAACUAAAUGGAUUGCAGAAGAUGAUGCAUCGUCUGGAUGGGAAGCGCGCCGUUGUGUUUGCCGAGCGGCCGCGGCUCUUUAAAAGGGCAGCUCUUCUCGCUCGACGCGCUUAAUUGAAAGUCGGGUCACGAACGCAGGCUGUUGGGGGAAACUCUUAAUCAGCACAUUCUUUGACUCGCCUCCGCUCUCUGGAAGCUUCUAAGGAUGCGCCGUGGGCUGCGUCGUGAGCAGGAGGAAACAACGACCACAGACACUUGCCAAACUCUGCUUUCUAUUGAUUUCACACACACACACACACACACACACACACACACACACACACACACACACACACAAAGUGCAAUAGCAAUGCGAGGAACAAAAACAGUCGCAUUGAAUCUCAAAGACACUUAAGAUUAAGUUUCAAACCUUACCCUGGAAUUGUAGCGUUGGAAAGGUCAAGAUUCGAUCAUCCUUUACUAUCAUACACUACAGAAUAAAUUUGUUUUACUCACGAAACGCUUUGAUUUCCUUAAACGACGACGAUCUCGGACCUUUUAUCAGUUCAUAUAGAGUGAUAUUCUGGAACAUCCACCAAACAAGCUCCUGUUUAUCUAUCUCUAAAGUUUU